AUGUCUCGAGUGGCCAGCUCUCGGACAUUCGCAAUUGCAGAAGACGACACCGCAACAGCUGCUCUUACAUUUCAGACACCAUCAACACCUACGCCAGCAGACCAAUACUACCUUCACCCGAUGGGAACCCGGAUAGUCUCCAACACCGUCACCAUGAAGUCGGAUCCCUUGGAGGCAGAAGUCAGAGGUCUCAAGGCCGCAUACAAGAGUGCAUUGGGCGUCGGCAAGAAGCUCAAGAAGGGGAGGAGUAAGAGAAAAGACAGGCAGACAGACUCGCAGGAGACCGUUGACGACGAACUACCAGUAGUAGAGUUGGCUCUAGCUAGCCCUGCCCCAGCUUCACCAGUUCAGUCCUCUAGAGGAACUGCUCCUGCGGCGGAGGACCUCGAGACCCACUCAAUCAAACAGUCCGUCCGAACGACCCGUAAUCAAGCAGCCAAGGCACAAGCAGGUCAGUAUAUCUAUGAUACUUCAGAAUUCUUUAGGUCCGAGGAUUGCUCAGUCAUUUCUGAAAAGAUUCGGGGCCUCGAUUACAUUUCCCUUUUCAGUGGCCGGCGUGCGAACUUGAACCGAACUGGAAAGGUUUCCACGAUUCGCAAGUCACCCGAUGGAAACUAUAGUACUAAUCACACCUUAUCUUUAGCAAAGGACAUUCAGUUAGAGUCUCAUUUUGAGACUGUGGUAGCUUCAGCUGUUGAUACUCUCAAAACAACAACACACAAUGAAAAUCACAAAGAGCAAGAGGCAAUCUGGGUAAGACAUCCCCCAGCAGGCUCGCCAGUCAAGACACUCGAAGAGAUUGAAAAAGCAUAUGGCCCUAGUGAUCCUGCAUAUUCAACCGAUGUUGCAGAUGAGGAUUCCUUUGUAAAACAAAUUAUAUGCCGGACGCCAGCAAAACCCGUCUCGCGGAUCGAGGAUUCUCUUGAAGCUCUUGAUCAACUAGAAGAAGCACUUGAUGCUCUGAACCAAGCAACGCAGACAGAAAUAAUGCCAUCUCUCCAGAAGCCAAAUUCACGAUGGGCGCGAGACUCUCUCGAAGGUACGGGAAAGGAGAAGCAAGUUGGCAAAAAGCCUGCUGGAAAGCAGAAUGCAGCCAAGGGACAACAACCAUUGAGAACUGGAUAUGCUUCUGUGCGCGUCAAGUCUGCACAAAAGCAAGCCCCGACUCUGAAAAAGGCUGCCUCAAUGAACUUCAAGCCAGCUUCAAGCAGCACCAGAUCCAGCGAGGAGCAAGGAAAGGCCCAGCCUUCCAUAGAGGCAGCUAUCAAACGUCCAAUCAGUCUGCUUCCACCCAAGGAGACUGCGAGGUCUACUAAGGCACCAACGCGCUCCAAUUUCACACUUCCAGGCGAAGCGGUUGCACUCAAGUUGAAGGAACAGCGGGAGGCACGAGUAGCACAACGUCAAUCCAGCGACGAGAGCUAUCAGACGGUACGAAAUGUUUGCGGUCCCAAGAUUAAAUCGACCAAACCACCUACCAAGCCGACCUUUGAGCUUCCUGGAGAAGAGGUUUCCCGAAGAAAGAGAGCAGCACAUGAGGCUCGCCUCAAAGCCCAGGAGGAGGAGGAACGCAGGCGACGUGAAUUCAAGGCUAAGCCCAUUCGCAACAGCGUUGUCCCAAAUAUGGUACCUCGUGAGACUUUAGCCAGCCGGGCCAGACAAAGCAAAGGUGGCACUGAGCAUAUUGAAGAUGGCAAUCUGUCCAUCUCGAAGCGAGGCUCAAAUGUCGGUGCUCACCGACCAUCCAUUGCCGUUCUUGCAUUAGCAAAUUCCUCCGCUCCUCGCGCAAAAGGUACCUUCAUACCCCCUGUUCGUAAGCUAUCACCAUCCGUGACUGCACCUUCUUCGAUGACUGGUUGUCCCGUACAGCGAGUGCAGCGGGCUGAGCCUACCACGGAUUCCGGACUCCGGAAGCGUGCCAAGGAAAUCUAUAACCGUGACGCUCUGCUCACUGCGGAGAUGGACAAGGGAAAGAGGGACAGGGAAGCCGCUGCUAAGCGUGCCAGAGAGGAUGCUGCGGAGAGAGGACGACAGGCCAGCAGGGAAUGGGCUGAGAAAUAG